AUGUUUUCCGACGGUCACGGCAAUUCAGGAGCCACCAGCAGCUCUGAAGAGCAGCAGAUAUCGCAGUCGAACAACCUUGCGUCAUCCGACAUUCAAGUUCCACCUGAAGCUGCUUCCAGCCCCAAGUUCGUCACAAACCUUGAGAUAUGGUCCACGAAGAUACCGGAUUACUACGUUGCUCCAUUCUGCGGCGCCAGUGCGGGUGUGGCCUCUGGGAUUGUCACAUGCCCCCUUGAUGUGAUCAAGACGAAGCUGCAGGCACAAGGCGGAUUUCUCCGACGAGGCGGCGGAGUCGUUGAGGCGAAAACCCUUUAUCGUGGUAUGCUAGGUACUGGGCGGAUCAUAUGGCGGCAAGAUGGAAUUCGGGGUCUAUAUCAAGGAUUGGGUCCCAUGCUCUUGGGAUAUCUGCCUACGUGGGCCGUAUAUUUGGCUGUUUAUGACCGAUCUCGAGAAUACUUCUACGAAACCACCGUGACUAAUCCAAUCUGGGUCAUUAAAACGCGGCUUAUGUCACAGAGCCUCAAGUCCAACAGUGAAGGCUACACGGCUCCAUGGCAGUACUCAAGCACUUGGGAUGCAGCCCGCAAAAUGUACAGGAUCGAAGGGAUUAGGUCAUUUUAUUCUGGGCUGACCCCCGCGUUACUCGGCUUAACGCACGUCGCUAUUCAAUUCCCGCUAUACGAAUACUUGAAGAUGGCCUUUACUGGGUACGGGAUAGGGGAACAUCCUGAUAACGGUGGCUCUCACUGGAUUGGCAUAUCCUGUGCGACAUUCCUAAGCAAAGUUUGUGCCAGCACUUUAACCUACCCGCAUGAAGUGCUACGGACAAGACUUCAGACACAGCAAAGAACAUCUCCAGCGCCUUCUCCAGAAGGUAUCUCAUUUCGUGGAGGGCUAGAUCACCCACAAGACCGCGGGCGGCCUCCAGGAGCGGCUUCAUCGGACGGCAUGCCCAACCGCCCUCGGUAUACGGGCGUGAUCCGUACAUGUCAGACCAUCCUGAGGGAGGAAGGCUGGCGCGCAUUCUACUCCGGCAUCGGGGUGAAUCUAUUCCGGGCUGUGCCGGCUGCCAUGACCACAAUGCUUACAUACGAGUAUCUCCGUAAGCUGAUCGGUCACUUGCAACAUGAGGGAGAGAUGAAGCUGCGCAUGGCAAAUGAUAGAGAAAUAGCCUUGCUGCAGCAGGAUGAGUAA